CGGUUUUCUUUGUUAGAUGGUGGUGACUUGCUGCCGGGAACAUUAUAUCAUAACAAAAAAUAUGUAAAUUGUUAUAAAGUGCUAAAUUAAUACUUCAAUUUUAAUAGCAGUAAAGAAAGAUGUAAAAGUAAUCGCAAGAAUUGGCUGCCAUUCAGUAUACGGUUUCUAAAUACAUCAUUGUUCGUAGUGUGAUUGAUGUGAAGUUUGUUUAAUAAUUAGACUUCAGCUAUUGACAAACAUGUACAUACAUAUUAUUUCGUACGCCAAAAAAUAUUCUACAUAAAUAUGUGUACUGAAACAUACAAGUGAAGCAACGUAAAUCUAAACCAAAGCUAACUACAUUAUCCAAUUGAUAGUGUUUAUUUUCAAUUAUUUGUUUGUUGUGCACUUAUAUUCGCGGCUAUGAACAAGAGUUUUGAAAACCUUUUACAAAGUGGCGGCGGCGACAUGUCCUCCGAACGCCAAUCGUCGGAAGAUGUGCACGAAUCGACAGCUGAGGAUGCAGGCUUGGAUGCGGGUGAUGAUUUUACCGAUGACACUAACUUCGAAUCGAAUCUGCGUAGACGCAAGGGCAAAAUUAUAUCUUGUGCCAAGGAAACGAUCGAAAAUGCGUCCCGUCAAUUACGUCGAAAAGUUCCAUAUGCUGGGCAUUUAAUGACGCCGCGUCGCCUUUGGUUGAAUAAAAUACCGACACAAUGUGAUGUUGUCAUCGAGUUUCCAGAAGAUGCGCCUGACGAGGCUCUUCGUUGGCUUCUCUCACGAUUGCGUUCUCAACCACCAUCGGGGCUUGGAUUGGUUGUACAAGUGAAGGCUCACGAGAGUACACGUCGGAAUGCUUUCUACAUUAGUGCACCAACGAAUGUACUAUUUAAAGCCGCCGAAGAAGCACGAUUACCGAAACGCUUACGUCCAGACCUAGGUGGUGCCUUACGUGAAUUCACAACACGUGAAAGUCAUUGUUUUCAGCAACUGCGGACCGAAGAUGGAAGCAGUGCACUUUUCACCUCACAAGAACGGCAAUGGCUGGUGCUGCAGGUACUGCAAGGCCUCCGUGCCAGCCAGGCGGAUAUCGAAGCCCUACAGGGCCGCGCAGCCGUAGCCGAAGGGCAAAGCAUUGUUGCAGCCUGGCAAGAAACUGGUCUAAUUGUGCAGGUUUUUCCGUUACAUGAAACCCGCUCUCUGGCGCUGCUACAAAACAGUUGGGUAAAACAGAUUUUCGCCCCUCAACCACUUGAUGAUAUAGCUGAAUAUUUUGGUGUGAAAGUAGCACUUUACUUUGCGUGGCUGGGCCAUUACACCUGCGCUUUAGGCGUGCCAGCUGUCUUUGGCAUGAUAUUGUAUGCAGCUCUCUGGGGAAAAGGACAAACAGCGCAAGAUAUGGGACACGUUCUAUUUUCACUCUUUAACGUAGCGUGGGCUUCAUUAUAUUUAGAGGCGUGGAAGCGGUAUUCUGUUGAACUCGCCUUUCGUUGGGGGACCUUAUCGACACCCCCUGAACUACUUGAACCGCCUAGACCACUCUAUAAGGGUAUUUUAGUAGAAAAUAAUGUAACUGGUCGACUUGAACCAAGAGAAGCACCAGCGUGGAAGCGUCGCGUUUUUCGAUAUCUAGUCAGUUUUCCAGUGAUCGGAAUGUGCCUCGCGCUUGUUUUUGUUGUAAUGUUUCUGAUGCUACGAUUCCAGGAUUGGCUGGAUCAUAAUAACAUACCUGAUAGUGGAAUUGCUCAAUGCAUGUAUAAUUUGCACAAGGAUUGGUGGGACUCUAAAUUGCCGGAAGAAAGCAUUCUAUGCUGUUUCAGUGUAAUACCAAAGGUCUUAUUAGCUGGGGCAAUAACAUUAAUGGAUGAGGCUUAUUAUAAAUUGGCUGUCUGGCUUAAUGAUCACGAAAACUAUCGUCUUCAAUCGAAAUACGAAAACCAUCUUAUUGCAAAAGUGGCUCUUUUUCAGUUCGUCAACUCAUUUUUGUCCUUAUUCUAUAUUGCUUUCUAUCUUCGAGAUGAGGAUAAGCUGAAGGAGCAAUUGGCCGGAUUGUUAAUUUCACGACAAAUAAUUGGCAACCUUCGAGAGUCAGCAAUACCUUACUUCAUUGAACAAUGGAAACUAGCUAAAUUAAGCUUUAAUAUGUGGGGUGCGCUUAGCCCAACACAGGAUAUCAACCGAACCAUAAUGGAUUCAGGUGUUUCAACGACCACAUCGACAGCAUCCACUACCACUGGAAAAAUGAAAGUGGAAACACCACAACAAACACCUACGAAACAUGACUCCAAUAACCCAUUGGUAAGGACUACAGCUUCAGCAUGUAAACGGAAUAUCGGACAAGCAGAGAUCGAAAGUACCCUUUACAAGUACGAUGGGACAUUUUCCGAUCAUUUAGAGAUGCUGGUGCAGAUGGGUUAUGUAGUACUUUUCUCUGCUGCUUUUCCAUUGGCCGGUAUAUGUGCGCUCGUCAAUAACUUGAUGGAGAUACGUUCGGAUGCCUUCAAAUUGGCCCACGUUCACCAAAGGCCAUUCGGUCAGCGUGUGGCUAAUAUUGGUACCUGGCAAAAUGCGUUUAGUAUUUUGUCGUUGGCUGCAGUCAUUGUCAACUGUGCGUUGAUUGGCUUAUCCGGACAAGUUUCACGUUUAUGGCCUGGACUAACAACUGCUCAAACAAUAAUUUUGAUUGUUACCUUAGAGCACAUUAUGUUAGGAUUGCGUUCUGCGCUCACAUGGUUGCUACCUGAAUUGCCGUCGUGGUUGGCAGCGGAAAUCGCACGUGCCGAACAUUGUCGCAGAGAGAUGCAAUGUAAGGGAACUUCACCACGACCCACACCACCGACACCUCCAUCGACUACUUCCACACAGCCAGACCAGGAUGCCUUAAUUUUAGAAGGCACAACCACUAAUGAUCAAUCAAUGGAGAGUCAAGUCGCUGAGGAUAUUUUAUACCAAGAGCAAUUGCGGCAAAGCUCAAACUAUCCGCAAAUGGAUGAAAUAGUCAAUUUCGGCCUACAACGCAAUAUUGAAGCAGAUGUGAAUAUAUUUGAGAAUCGUGAUUCUUCGCCAGACUCACCCCCUUCACAAACUAGUACUAUAUUGAUAAGACCUUUACAUGAAUCAACACCACCAAACAGUGGUUCAUCUGUGACGAGCUUAAUUCAGGAGACUGGGCACGGACACGGCAGCGCAUGUAAAAGUUGUAAGCUGAAAAUGAAAAAAACGGAAAUACCCCCAUUUCAUGGAUAUUCAAUUCGUAAUUUAAGCUCAAUUCAAGCUAAUCAAAGAUUGCACGCUUUUUCAGGAGUUUCUUUAAGCAGUGCAAGCACUCUGGCAUUAAAUACUAUCCGUCAGCCUAUACAUAUACCAGAAAUACCGCCUUUCCGGAAAAAAUCAAGUGACUCAGCUGAUCAAACUGGUAGCAGUGCGAGCAGUAGUCCGCAGCGCUCCAGACAUCCGCUUAUUUCGACACCUCCACCCAUGUUACAGCAUCAACCCACAAAAAUACCGGAGAUACCACCUUAUAAACAGCGCAAAAUCUCGGCAGAAAGUGCCACACAUAUAAAUAUGAGUGAUAAGCUUAUGCUUAAGGCACACGCACCCGAGUGGAUGUCCCGCUUGAAAGUCAGCGAUAAUAUAAACUUGCAUAGGAGUAUUGAUUGUAUUGCCAAGGAGUUACAAAGUAAUACAGACACAACGGAUAUCUUAAAGCCAGCACCAUCCUGGAGUAAUGUAGCCAUAAAAUCGCCAACCCAACAGCAAGUAGCUGCCUCCUCAUCAUCUUCAUCGGCUGGUGGUGGCAGUUCUGGCAGUGCUGGCGGCAUCGGGACAGCCGUUAACAUUUUUGGGCGAACAGUAGACGGUGGCCGGCCUAGUGUUGGUGGCAUCUCAACUACGUCGACGUCAUCGAUGCAACUUAAAAAACUUACUGACAAUGUCAAAAAUCCAACAACAGCAGAAAUAGUCGCAGGGAAAGGGAGCACAGGCAGCACAACACAAAGCGGCAGCACAGACGAGGAAGCUAAAGCAGCGGAGAUUGCAGCAAAAAAAUCACGCUUAAAGCAAAAGCUUGUAAAAAGCGCACGAUCUGUUGGUAUAUUUUCGCUGAAAUUGAAAGAGCGGCGACAACGUGAAGCCGAGAAGGCGGCAACUAUAGCCAUUGAACAUGCUAAGGCGCUGGCUAAAUUGCCUCCCAUACCGCAACCAGGCGGCGAACUAUCUCUCAUACCUAUUGAACAGCUAAUACAAAUCGAAGAUAUAAAACCAACACCAAAAGCACAACCCACCACAACAACAGUAACAGCAGCGACAAGUUUGUCCACUGCUGUGACUUCACCACAAGUAAUGACACCCUCAUCGAGCGCACUGGCGGCGGCGAUGCAGCAAUUUCAAAGUUCGGGAAACUACUGAAUAAGAACACAGGGAUACGAUCUCAAUCCUACAUACAUACAUACAUACAAGUAAAUAUAAGAUGCACACGGAACAUUUUGUCAUGUACUUACAUACAACUGUAAAUAUCUAAGAAUACGAAUACAAACAAAUUCAUAAAAAUACAUGCAUAUUACAUUUAUAUAAAAGUAUAUUAAAAUCUGCAAAAAUGGCAAAUCACUAUACACACACUAUACAAAAGAAAUACAUAUUUCCAAAAUAUGCGCAAGAUGCUAAACUUUCGUAAAAUGUAGUGUAUAAUACCCAUACGUAUGCACUAUAUAUUUAAAAAAAUCAUGUAACUACCAUUUAUGCAUAUGGGUACAUAGGUAGUUGAUAUCGAAAAAAGCAAAAUUAGUUUGAAUGUGAUAACUAAAAAACUCAUUCUCGUACACAUAUAAACUUCAAAUUCAUAGGAUAACUUCGCGAUUUCAAAGAAUUUGUUUUAUUCAAUUUAUGAUGUUCAAAAAAUGGUGUUUUCAUAAUUCACGCAUCCUCUUCUUAUAGCCCUGACAUACGAGCAAAAUUAAUGCGACUUAAGCAACGCUAAUGCGCAUUGCAAUUUUAUGGUGACAGACGGCAGACUUGUGCAUUUAGACAGCUGAUAGUGAAAUUUGUUCAUUUAUUAAAAAAAAAAAUGAAAUAAAAAUGAAUAAUAUAAAUUAUUAAUAGAAAUUUUGGUAUUUUUGGAAAAUCAAUAUAAAUUUUACGAAAAAAUUCGAUUAUUAUUAACUAUGUUAAAAGAUAAUAGAGUGUAAUUAAAUGCAAUAAUUGAUUGUAAUGCGGAAAAAAAUGGGCGCAAAAGUUAAGAAUAAUGGAAAAAUGGAUUGGACUGUGCGUUGUUUAUUUUCUGCCAUCUAAAUGUAUUAAAAUUUGUUUUUGUUAAUAUACUUGCACAUAAUUUAAUUAGCAAAACAAAACUGCUUACCUCUGAUGCUGCAAACGCAAGGGAGGCUGCAGACUUCAAGCGACAUUUGUCAAAAAAUAGCAAAAAUCGGCAAUUUUUGAACAGUGUUGCCUACUCAAAUUUGGUAAAUUCAGCUAAAUGCACGAAAUGUUUGUGCAUUACAAACUUGCAUUAACAUGGGUCAAAUGCGCAAGUAAAUGUAAAUUAAGCCCGCUAAUGCAUAUUAGCGCUGUCGUCUGUCAGGGCUAUUAGUCAAUAAAAUUAGUUUAAUGAUACUUCACAGCGAUAUCUCUGUAUCCAUAUUUUCACAUUGUAUAUGGAUAUUUUUCCACUAGAAAUUCUAAGAGGUGACGUUAGAAGAGUUAUAUUUUAUAUGGAAACUUUAUGAGAGAGCUAAAUAUUUUUUUCCAUGUUCUUUUGCUUAAAAAUUAAUAUUUUACUUAGAAUAUACCCUAAAAGGACUAAGUUCUACAGAAUAACUCACACAGAUAUUUAAGCUACCUAUGUAUACGAUACCUAUGAAUAUACACAUCUACAAUAUGCAUUUACAUACAUACACACAUAGUAGUGGUAGUGAGUAUGGCAUUUAUUAAAUCAAAUUUAAAUAAAAACUGAUAUUGACAUUUUUGUCAAAGUGAUUGUGUUUUAGAUAUGUGUAUAUCCAUACAUGUUUAAUUUAUUAUCAAUAACAUUUAUAAUUAUAAUUUAGGCAGAUAUACUAUAUGGGUCAUCCCACCACAAAUUAACAUUACAAUUUCUUUUUUCAUGUAAAACAUUGUUUUUUGUGUUCUUUGACUCAAAUUAUUCGACAAGUUUUAGUCCGACUCAAUAUGAAAAAUUUUGGAGUUACGAAUUUUCAAAAUUUCAACGCUCGAAAAAAUUACUUUCAACAUUUGCGUAUACGUAUAUAUAUAUAUAUAUAUAGUAUUGACCGGCUUGAAGCCAUUUUUGGCACCCACACCUAUUAUUAUCAGAAAAAAGACUUUCUCUGAAUAUUAAUUAUAACUCUCACGCAGGUACUUUUCGUGAAAAGUUUAUCUCGUUAUAUUAAUUGCUUCUUGAUUUGUAUACUAGAAAGUAAACGAAUCAAAUGGAAUUUUAAAUUGUGUUAUGUGGGAAGUAUAUAUGUAUAUAGAAAACUGUCAACAUAACCUUGAUUUUUGAACCGCGUUGACUUGGUUUUUUCCACUUCGACUCACCUUUGCCACGAUAUUCGGCCGGAUUGAUCGUCUGUUUUAUCCCGCUAGUCGGAAAGCAUUGUUUUACAGACGUUAACGCGACAAUGUUUUUCGAAAAAAUUGAAUAAUAUUGGAUCCAAUCGUCCUUUCUAAGGCCUAAAUGAUCCUUCAAAAUGGUUUUCACGAAUCUUUCGAAUAUUCCAACGAAGCCAGAAAUUAAUUGUCGAUCCUCAAGAAUCAAUUCCUUUAUUUCAUUGACGUGUUCAUCAUCAGUUGAUAUUGUUGGCCGUCCUGGACGACCCUCUUUGAAUAAUUUUUACCAAUGAAAAACACUUGCUCGCGACAAACAAUUAUCUCCAAAUGCCUUUUCUGACAUUCUGAACGUUUCGGCACCAGAAAUUUGAUUCCGUACACAAAAUUUAACGGAACUUCUUGUUGAAUAAUUUCACUGACCGUAAAAAUCCCCACUUUAUGUACUUCAGAAAGACAAGCUUAUACUAAACAAUUGUGAUUAUUUUAAUGUGACAUUAGGCACAAGUGUCACUGGCAGUCAUACCAACUUAGAAAAAAAUAUUUCGACGAUUGGGCGUUCAUGAAAAAUUUAAAUUGAAAAGUAUGAAUUGAUUUCGUUCAAAGAUUUCAAUCCACAAAUUACGUAUAUGACGGAAAGCCGAAGGGGCAUUUAACUAUUUAUUAGUACAACAUCCAGAGUACAAUGUACUACGUUUUGUCUUUAUUUAUGAUGGAGUUUCCUAAUAUGUAAUUCCUUAGUAGACACGGUUAGGACCGAAUUUCGUCAAUUGACAUAUUGUACUAAAGAAGUUGGUGAGAUAUGAAAUUGCACCUGAGCGUGGGUGUUGCUAUCCCACAUAUUCGUGUUUUAUUAUCCUUACCAAUAUUACAUAUCUGUCAAAUGUUUCGCUCUGUAAUAAAUAUCAAAUUUGUAGCUUCGUUGGAUACAGGGUUGUAGUUUUUUUUCUGUUACAUGUACAUAAGUAUGUACAUAUUCUACGAAUCGCAAAAAAAAAAGAAAUCCAAGAUAAAAUUGUUGAAAUAUAUUUUAGUAUCAUUUACAACGUUUUUAUUUUAGACAGCAGUUAACUAAAUAGUAGUUAAUUUAAUUAGUUUAGAAAGUAAAGACUAGCGUCAAGUUGAGUUCGCUUAUUAGCUACUAAUGACAAAUAGAGUAGUUUGUGGCUUGCGGUCAAAGCUUUUAGAGUCGUCCAUAGUUCCUUCCAUUCAAACGAAAUCUCAAGAAAAUUGUAACGAAGUUUAAAGAUUAGAAACAAAGGAAAAUUUUAUUAAAUGAAAAUAAUAUUAUAAUAAUUAAAAUAGCAGUAAUAUAUGUAUAAUAUGUUUAAUAAUGAUGAAAAAUAAAAUAGUAUGAUAUUGCUGAAUGUUCGGAAACUCGCUUUAAUAUUGUUGACUUAUGUUUAUGGAGCAAAUAUUCUGAGUGAAAAAUAAAACUUUGUUACACAUAUUUUAAGGACCACUUAAAACAUGUUAACUUACAUUUAUAUUUUACCUAUGAAUAUACACAAAACACAAAAAAUUGUACGUCAGACGAUAUAAUAUGAUACAAAUUUAUUUUACUGUCAAUCUACAGGAAGCAUACUUGCAUACUUACCUUUGUAAAUGUCUACAUACAUACGUAACUAGUUACAAACAGAAUGUCAUUCAUACAUAAAACCAUAUGCCUGCACAAAAUGGGGGUAGUAACAUUUUCAAAAACUACUCACAAAGAAAAGUAAAAGUAAAGAACAUGAUUUAAUUACAUACAUAUACAUAUAAGAUUGUGUCGAUAGCCCAAAAUAAGAAUUUGUAAAAAGUAUUAUAAUUGAAUCCAUAGUGUCAAAAUCAGCAGUUUUCCUUUGUAUUGUUUUGUUUUUAUGAUUAAAAAAUUUCUCUCAAUGAAAAUGCGUUUCUUGAGUGAUAACUGAAUACGAAUAGAUUGUAAAUUAUACAAAGUUAUCAAAAUGUAAACAGAAAAUUCAAGAGAAACCCAAAAACAAAAACUAGUUUUGACAUUGUGGAUACAAUAAUUUCUUUAGUAAGAGGAAGCACGCUCUAUAUCGGCACAACCUUCUAUAAUUGAAUAAAGGUAAAAAAAUAAAGUAAAUUGUAAAUACUUAAAAUGUCUAUAAGUUUUUGUGUUAUUUACAAGAAUAAAGAAAGAAAAAUGCAAUAACUGA